AAGGCGACCCCCGGCUCACUAGGAGCCGGCAACUGGAGCUGGCGGGCGCAGGCGGGAGCUGAACGGGUGGCAGUGACAGGCGACGCGAGCCGGCAGCCCCCUCCCCCGCGCGGCGCGCCGCCGGCCCCACCAUGGAGCCGGCUGUGUCGUUGGCAGUGUGCGCACUGCUCUUCCUGCUCUGGAUCCGCGUGAAGGGGCUGGAGUUCGUGCUCAUUCACCAGCGGUGGGUGUUCGUGUGUCUCUUCCUGCUGCCGCUCUCGCUCAUCUUCGACAUCUACUACUACGUGCGCGCCUGGGUGGUGUUCAAGCUCAGCAGCGCGCCGCGCCUACACGAGCAGCGCGUGCGGGACAUCCAGAAGCAGGUACGAGAAUGGAAGGAGCAAGGCAGCAAGACCUUCAUGUGCACAGGGCGCCCGGGCUGGCUCACCGUCUCGCUCCGGGUUGGGAAGUACAAGAAGACACACAAAAACAUCAUGAUCAACCUGAUGGACAUCCUGGAGGUGGACACCAAGAAACAGAUUGUCCGUGUGGAGCCCUUGGUGACCAUGGGUCAGGUGACUGCCCUGCUGACCUCCAUUGGCUGGACCCUGCCUGUGCUGCCGGAGCUCGAUGACCUCACAGUGGGGGGCUUGAUCAUGGGCACAGGCAUCGAGUCGUCGUCCCACAAGUAUGGCCUGUUCCAGCACAUCUGCACCGCCUACGAGCUGGUGCUGGCCGAUGGCAGCUUUGUGCGGUGCACACCGUCCGAGAACUCAGACCUGUUCUACGCCGUGCCCUGGUCGUGUGGGACCCUGGGAUUCCUGGUGGCUGCUGAGAUCCGCAUCGUCCCCGCCAAGAAGUACGUGAAGCUGCGGUUUGAGCCAGUGCGGGGCCUGGAGGCGAUCUGUGAGAAGUUCAAGCACGAGUCCCAGCAGCAGGAGAACCACUUUGUGGAAGGGCUGCUGUACUCCCUGGACGAGGCCGUCAUCAUGACGGGGGUCAUGACGGACCAGGUGGAGCCCAGCAAGCUGAAUAGCAUUGGCAGUUACUACAAGCCGUGGUUCUUCAAGCACGUGGAGAACUACCUGAAGACAAACAGAGAGGGCCUGGAGUACAUCCCCUUGAGACACUACUACCACCGGCACACGCGCAGCAUCUUCUGGGAGCUCCAGGACAUCAUCCCCUUCGGCAACAACCCCAUCUUCCGCUACCUCUUCGGCUGGAUGGUGCCCCCCAAGAUCUCCCUCCUGAAGCUGACUCAGGGCGAGACCCUGCGCAAGCUGUACGAGCAGCACCACGUGGUGCAGGACAUGCUGGUGCCCAUGAAGUGCCUGGAGCGGGCGCUUCACACCUUCCACAACGACAUCCAUGUCUACCCCAUCUGGCUGUGCCCGUUCAUCCUGCCCAGCCAGCCGGGCCUGGUGCACCCCAAGGGAGACGAGACUGAGCUCUACGUGGAUAUUGGUGCUUAUGGGGAGCCGCGCGUGAAGCACUUUGAAGCCAGGUCCUGUAUGAGGCAGCUGGAGAAGUUUGUCCGGAGCGUGCACGGGUUCCAGAUGCUGUACGCCGACUGCUACAUGAACCGCGAGGAGUUCUGGGAGAUGUUUGACGGCUCCCUGUACCACAAGCUGCGGGAGCAGCUCGGCUGCCAGGACGCCUUCCCCGAGGUGUAUGACAAGAUCUGCAAGGCCGCCAGGCACUGAGCCUGCGUCCGCCUGCAAAGAGACUGACGUGUGGGUGACCUCGGUCCCCCACUGGCCAGGAGGCAUCUUCUCUUCACUCAAGCUUGGCUGCUCUCCCAGACCACACUUUCAGAAACAAGCCCCUCCAGAAAUCCCACGCAGACAGCCUCAGCGGACUGCUCCCAGCUUCCAGGGGCCACCCUCCCGGUGGAGAGGGAAGGACAUGGGACUUGUAGUCAGAUGAACCUGAGUCCAGUUCCCAGUUCAGCCACUCGUCAGCUGUGUGGCUCUGGGUGAGCCACUCGGCCCCUCUGAAGCCGGCUCUUCCUCUGGUGACAGGGGCAGCAAUGUCUGCCUACAGGCUGUGGUAGCUAUUAUUGCUUCCCACUGAGCAUCACAUCUGACCAAAGUGCUCUGCUUUCAGUGGUUGAAUCCUGAAGCCUCCAUAUUAGGUCACCCGGGCACAGGCGUGGCUGGCGUGAUGAAAGCAUGUCCUGGAGUCGCACUGCCACUGCUUCCAUCAGCCAGAAUUGCUCCUCACGGAGGGGUGGGAGGGUCCUCUCCAUCCCUGGGGUCUCAGGAGGGCAAAAGAUGGGCGGGCAGGCCUAAGACGUGCUGUGCCAAAGCCAGGUCCGAUCCCAAAGUUUUCUCUGCCAUCCUUGGUGAUGCUGUCCUGUCCCUUCCUCCUUCACGCUCAGGCUUGCAUGCACCACCCCCUGCCCUUGCAGCCAUCACUGAGUCUACUCCUAGAGGACCAUGUCCCCGGGGAAGACAUUUCAGGGUUGAAUUCUGUCCCCAGCUUGGGCCUGGGACACCUGCCCAGGUGGAAUGAGUGGUUUCUGCUCCGAAUCGGAUCCAGAGGAUCUGGGCUCAUCCUUGGCUUCCUAACCCUCCAUGCCUCUUGCCCCAAGAACCCACGUGGUUCUGGUGGGGUGCGUCCAUGCUGCUUCACAGCGUCAGGGGUGGGGUGGACCACACCUGCAGGACAAUGGAGCCUGCCGUUGUUAGGUUCCGUCACCAGGCGGCUGAAAGAAGAGACCGUCAGCGUGACUUCUCCAACCACUCAUCCCUCUUUUUCUUUCUCUCCCCACCCCCAGCUGUAGUUAAUUUCAGUGCCUUACAAAUCCUAAGCUCAGAGAAAAGUUAGCUCCAUUUCCGUUCCAGAGGGAAGGGACCCUCCCUAGGUCCUUUCCCUCUUAUUAAAGCUUGGUUGUUUAUGCAACUCCAUCCUAAGAACUGCCCAGCCUCAGCGAAAGACCUGGAAUCUGCAGAAUUGCGUCCCAUAAGGGAAGCUUGAGUUAAGUGAGCUGUGCCAGGCAGUGACCUUCCGAGAGAGGGAGGGAGCACUGUACGAGGAGUCAGGAGACCUGGGUGUCAGCCCCUGACUCAUUGUCCAUGAGCUGUGCACCUGUGGGCACGUCGUCUGUUCCUCUGAAGUGCAGUUCUUCCUCGUCUCACGUCAGUACAGACAAGACCUCCCUGGGGCCAUUCUGCUGUCAAAGUGCAUGGCUGUCUUAGACCUCGUGGUUGCAAAACCCGUGCAGAGCCUCAUUUGUGUGGAAACCAGAGGAAAAAUAAAUGAUCAAGUGUA